UGACAAGUCUGUUAGGGGGCGGGUCUUUGUGUAGGAUUCGUUUCCGGGGCAUGCGAGAGUCAAACGCACGUGUGGAUGUUUUGCGGAGCGGUUCGUGUCGUGUGAUCGCAAUAUUUUCCUUCUCGUUUAGUCUUUAAGCGCAUUUUUUCUGCUUUCGAAGAGCCGACUUUCAGACACUCUACGAUCUCAGGCCCGAUGGAGCAGACCGAGGCUCUGGCCGGAGAGAAACGCUCCUUCCCCGAAGAGCAUCCGGAUCACGCCGCCAAGAGACUCCGAGUGGAAGAGGAGGAGGAGGAGGAGAGCCGAGGAGGAGAUGAGGAAGAGGAGCUGUGUGAGGAGGAGGAGGAGGAGAGCUUCGCUGAUAUGAUGAAGCACGGACUCAGUGAAGCAGAUGUGGGCAUUCUCAAGUUCAUCAGUGAACACACUGGCUUCUCCGGGAUCCUAAAGGAGAGGUACUCAGACUUUGUGGUGCAUGAGAUUAAUAAAGAGGGCAGGACGGUUCUUCUGGAUGAUCUGAGUGUUCCUGCUGAUCCCGAGCAGGACGAGCCUCUGGAGUGUGCUUCAGUAGACUCUCAGACUCUGACAGAAGAGCAGAAGAAGCAGCUGGAGGAGCUUCAGCUCUUCAAGAACAAAGAGGCCAGCGUGGCCAUCGAGGUGCAGCAGGAUUCGAAGGAAAAGCGCACUCUUCUGCACAGAGCUGUGAAGACGCUGUAUCCCGGCCUGGAGACCAAGACCGAGGACAGAGAAGGGAAAAAGUUCAUUGUGGCUUAUCACGCUGCUGGGAAGAAAGCGUUGGCAGAGGUCCGGCCCUCGGCAGCCCCUCGAAAGCAUUCAUGGCCAAAGAAUCGUGGAAGUUUCUGUCAUUUUGUGCUCUAUAAAGAGAACAAGGAUACCAUGGAUGCCAUCAACCUCCUGUCCAAGUUCCUCAGGGUCAGACCCAACAUGUUCUCCUACAUGGGCACCAAAGACAAGAGGGCCAUCACGGUGCAGGAGAUUGCAGUGUUAAAGAUCAGUGCUGAGAGACUGUCUCACCUCAACAAGUGCCUCAUGAACCUGAAACUGGGAAACUUCAGCUAUAAGAAUCAUCCAUUAAAGCUAGGAGAACUGCAGGGAAACCACUUCACAGUGGUUCUCAGGAAUAUCUCUGGCUCUCAGGAGCAGGUGGAGCAGGCCAUGACUUCACUCAAAGAAACUGGCUUCAUCAACUACUACGGCAUGCAGCGCUUCGGCACCACAGCCAUUCCCACACACAGAGUUGGCAGGGCGAUUCUUCAGAACAAUUGGAAGGAAGUCGUGGAUCUCAUCCUGAAACCUCGUGCUGGAGCUGAGAAGAGCUAUCUGGUGAAGUGCAGAGAGGAGUGGGCUCGCACUCAGGACCCUGAGGCGGCGCUAAAGAAGCUGCCGGUCAAACGCUGUGUGGAGGGUCAGUUACUGCGAGGCCUGGCCAAGUACGGAAAAAACAACAUUAUAACAGCCUUUGGACUGAUCCCUCGCAACAACAGGCUAAUGUACAUCCACAGCUAUCAGAGUUAUGUCUGGAACUGUAUGGUCAGCAAACGCAUGGAGGCCUUCGGGCUCAGAGCCGUGGAGGGAGAUCUGGUUCUCAGAGGAGGCUCAGCCUACGUUCUGUCCACUGAAGAGGCAGAGAAACACUCCAUUCAUGAUGUGGUGAUGCCACUUCCGGGGUUUGAUGUCAUUUAUCCCACUCAUAGUGUGGGUCAAGGGUACAGAGACAUGAUGAGUGCUGAUGACCUGGACAUCGAUAACAUGAGGCACAAGGUUCGAGAUUAUUCUCUGGCUGGCGCUUACAGGAGGAUCCUAAUCCGCCCCAGAGACGUCAGCUGGGAGCUGAUCCAGUACAAUGAUCCACGAGUGCCUCUCGUUCACACAGAUGUUGAGAAAUUAGAAAACGCUCCGGCUCCGGUCUACCUCAAAGAGGGGAAGUAUCAAGCCCUGAAGAUGGAGUUUUCUCUGCCAUCCUCCACCUAUGCCACGAUGGCGGUCAGGGAAGUGUUAAAGAUGGACACCAGCAUCAAGAAUCAGACUCAGCUCAACAGCAUCUGGCUGAACUGAUUAUCACAAACACUCUCUGUAUGUUUCACUAGCUGUAUUCUGCUCGUGUUAUAUUGCUGAUAAAGUCUUGAUUAUGUCAUAUUUGUCAUUUUGACACCAUGAAAAAGCUACAGCACAGUUUUCAGUUUAAUCAGUUUUAGUGAUUGUUUUUAAUGUUUUUAAUGCUCUACCAGAGUAUUAAGACAUUUUCUACACAUUUUUAGAGCUAUAGCAUAAACCGAACAUUUAGUAUGAACAUGUUCUGGCUCUUGUAACAUAAAUUUAGCUCUUCAUUAUUGUAUUUUUCGAUUCCUGCUGAAUAUCCAAUUAGUGUAAAUAAUUUUGAAUCUGAAUAAAUGAAACUGCCCGA